GUACAUUAACGUAAAGUUAGUUGUACUAGCUAUUUCUAAAAGAGUAAUCUUUAAUACGACUCGGAGAUCUGAAUGAUGUAAGUUCGAAAGGUUGAUUGACUUUUUGGUGUCUCUCGAAUUGUCCGCAAGAACAGUAAUGAGAGUAGGAAAGGAGUAAAACAGAGCGGAAAUGAAAUACAAUCAAGCCAUGGAAAUGAAAGAUGACUAUUGAUCGGAGACGGGUCAGGAUAGUUUUUUCAAAUGUUUAAACAAUCCUAUGUGUUAUCCUUUUUUUUGAUGAUUUUGUAGAUUAGAGGAUGUCAAUGGAUAUUUCAGGCAUUUACUUUCAAUGAUUAUUUAUUGUCCGAUCAAACACAUUAUUGAAGCUAUAUGCUUGACUUUAUGCUAUAUUUAAAAAAUGCAUAACCUUUUGCAAUGUAUUUUUUAUCUAUGCUCUUUUAUAGUCAGCAUCCAAAGAAUUCGUAAAGGUAAAUAUUUCCAAUGGAGAUAUAUAACCCUUAGGAGAAAGUUCUGUGAACACUUGAGAGACGCACGUGUAAGUGAACAAUUUUUAAAAAGUAAAAUGAUCGAAAGGAUAUGCAUAUGGAUGUGGAAAAUAAUCGAUAGGAGAAAUCAAAAGGAGAGAAAAAAGAAUAAAAAAAAAAAAGGAAAUAAAUAGAAUGAAAAUCAAAAUUAUUGGUACUAUAUUAAUAUUUGUAAUGAUGUAAUUUGUAAUUUAUGAUUGCGUCAAUAUUUGCUAAAUUAAAAUUAAACGGCGCACGCUCGUGCACGAAGUCCAGGAUUGGGUGUGAAGGUGUGAUGGAAAAAUAGGGAGGGAAACCGGAACUUCUCACUCGAAUUGAUUGUAACUGUCAUUCGUUAAAAGACAGCGUAUGUGAUGUGUCAAAAGCAAAGAAAUAUAUACCGAAGAAGAAGAGCAUCCAGAAAAGAUAACAAAUAUAAAAUGGCUGAUAAAGUGACAAUAAUGAAGACACUCCUCGUAUUUUUCUCUUGUAUAUUUUGGGCAACAGGUAUGCUAAUAGUGGGUGCGAGCAUAUUGAUACAUUUUAAAUUUAAAGAUUAUUUUAUUAAUAAUCCGGUAGGAGGUGGAACAAUGAUAUUAGCACUUGCUAUACUUGGUAUAGUUUGGAUGCUAUCUGCACAAUUUGGAUGCUGUUCUACGAUUCUAAAGCGUUCUGGUUUGAUCUAUCUGUAUGGAGCAUUUUUAACGACCAUAUUGUUAUUGGAACUCUGUGCAAUUACAUUGAUUUACAUUUGUAUUCAAACGAUGAACGAAAGAUUGAUUAGCAUGUCAGCGUCUGAUCCUAAUAAAAUAUACACCGAGAGUUGUUGCCAAAUUAUAUUUAGAGUCUUCAAGAGUAAUGUCGAAUUAACGGAUAGUAUUAUUAUUGGACUAUUAUUAUUUCCAAUAAUUGGAGCAUGUUUAACAAGUUUUUUAGUUGAUAUGAUUAAUAUUGCAGAAAUUGAACGCCGAAGAACCGAUCGCGUAUAGAAUAGACAUUUCAUAGAUUAUCAAUAAAAUAAUCAUGUAAGUAAUAUUAUUCAUUUGUUAAAUAUGAUCGUUUUAAUUGUAUUAUUGUAAAAAUUAAUCAUAAUACUGAAUAAAUCCGAUGUACAUCGAUAAUUCUAGACAAUUGAUAUUAUUAAUAAUUCUAGUCAAUAUCCAUAAAAUUAUAAUAAUUAUUGAUAUUACUAAUUUAUAUAUUAAGUUGAGGAGAAAGUUUUUUCGUAUUUUAAUGCAAAAGUAAAUCAAAUUUUUGAUAUAAUUAUAACCUUUCUAAAAAUACUCAGUAAUACGUCACCUUUUAAACGCAAGCCAUUAUUAACAGAUUGAUUGAUUAAUACUACCAGAGUUGUACGAUCGUAAUAUCAAUGGCUGAAAGAAUAUAAAGAAACUUUUUUCUAAUUUAAGUCAAUAUAAAUAUCGAUUUAAGAAAGAAAAUGAAACAGAAAUUUCAACAAUUUCUAUAAAUUAUAACUUUACGUAACUGCGAUAACUGGUUAUUUGUUGACCUCUACUGUUAAUUUUAUUCUUGUCAAUAUUAUUGAAGUCAAUAUUAUUGAAGUAUAUAAUGCUAUCACCACUAUACGUUUAUCGUAUCUGAAUAUAAGCUUGUUAUUUUCCCCUCACGCACAUAUAAUAAUCGGUUUCGUUUGUGGUAAAGUAAAUAGUGUUAGUAGACUGUGAAAUCGUUCUUUUCAAUCUCUCAUAUGUGUAUCUCUCUUUGAUGGUAGCAUGUAUCUCCGUGCUAGAUACGAUGUCAGUACAUAUUUGUUUCACGAUAAAUGUAUAGAAAAUAAUAAAUAUAAUUGACACGUAUAAGAAUUAAUAUAUAAAUCUUCGACAAAAUUAGAAAUAUGUCGAAUAUUUUUUUUUAAAUAAUUAGUAAAUACUUGUAUAUUAUAUUAUUUUAAUACAAAUUAAAAUUAAUUCAUUUCCACACUACCCAUGAAAUAAAACUCCUACCGUUAUUUUUUUUAUGUGGUUUCCUCUGUAAGACUAGUCCACUCUAAUAUACAUCGACUAUUACUACUAUUACUACUAUUACUACUACUACUAUUACUACUGAAAGUAAUAACAAUAAUAAUAUAAUAUAAUUUAAUGUAAUAAUAAUAAUAAUAAUAAUAAUAAUAAUAAUAAUAAUAAUAAUAAUAAUAAUAAUAAAAAUGUACCUAAACAUUAUUUAUAUACAUAGAAAUAUUAUUUAGCACGUUGACUGCCACGUGCGUUUUCAAUAAAAUCUCCUUCAGGCCACGCGUACCGUGAAAAAUAAUAAAAAUUAAAAAAAAAAUUUUAUUAAGAAAUUUUUUUAUAAAAAAAAAAAAAGAAAAAAAUUCUUUUUUAAUUUUUUUGUAUUAAAAAUUUUUUUAUUUUAGAAUUUAAAGAAAACAACAACUUAUUGUCCAAGUUGUCCCGACCAACCUCAGCUUUGUAUAGAAUGUUUUAAAGUUUUACAUUCUACAUAAUUUUUCUAAUAAACCAUUUUCGUAUUACUUUUAUAAUAAUAGUUUAUAUUAAUGAAUAUAGUUUAUAUUAAUUAAUAUUCAAUAGUUUUGUUACUUCCUCUGCGAAAUAUUUUUUCAAACACAUACGAAUAUCCAUCGCAAGUAGUCAAAGAGGCAUCACCCCAAUACGAGUGACGCGGCCCAAUCAGAAAUUCUACUGUCACCCGAAUAUGUGUGACGUGGCAGUCAACGUGUUAAUACAUUUUAUAUUAUAAUAGUAAAGACAAUUAGCUUCGAUUUAUCGUAAGUAAGAAACAAUAUGAAAACAAAUAUAUAACGAUCAUUAAAUAGUAAGACAAGAAGAAACUAUAACGAACGGAAACAAAAGAAAUGUUUUUUACUUUUCAUCAGGUAUCGUUUCAUUAUUUGCAUUUUGUUGUUCGUCACUGCGACAGCAUCCAUGAACAACUUUGUAUUUUUAUACAUGUAGCGAGAUAUUUUGGUAUACAGUAAAACCUGGUUUUGUGCAGUCCUUUUUUAUGCGAUUUUAUUUUUGUGCGAUUGGUUUUGUGCGAUUUUAUUUUUGUGCGAUUGGUUUCGUGCGAUUUUAUUUUUGUGCGAUUUUUUUCGUGCGAUUUAUUUUUAUGCGGUAUAUGAAUCUUAGCAACGUUAGCACCAGUUUAAUGUUUCCUAUCAAUGUACAUAUACAUUUUGUGAACGAACUCUGAUUACGUGGUCUCCUUGACAAAGAUGUAUCUAGACUUCGCGAUGCUCUGUUCAUUUGUUUUAAACAAUCCCCUGACAAGGCAGAGUCAGUUACGUACAUAUUGUAAUGACCUGGACGAGAUGAUUGAAGACCAAACUGUCAAUGAUAGUGACAUUAUCAAUAGUUUGAUAGAUUAUGAAAAUGGACAAGAAAAACCGGAAUCUAUUACAGUAGAUAAAAUAUAUGCAGGGAUCCAGAUUUCUAAAAAAUUGGAAACGCAUUUUCUUAAAAUAGAUACCAAUGCGAAAAAACGCUUAAAAUUCCAAAAAGAGCUGAGAUCAUGUAUGUCUCGCUAUCGUGACGUUUACAAGCAAUUGACUAGUUGACCGUCGUCACAAAAACUGAUCAGUGAAUUUAUGGUACCAAAAAACAAAUCAAUUGAAAUCCUAUCUUCAAGCGACGAAAGCGAUUUUGAACCAAUUCAUCACAAGAAGAUGCGCGUUUUGGAUUACGACGAGUAGCACCAAAUUAUUUAAUAUAUAAUUUGAAAACUUCUCCAUGUAUAUGUACAAUGAAGAAUUAAAUAUUUUUACAAUUUCUUCAGGUCUAAUUUAAUUAUUUAAUUUAAUUGAAAGCAUUCUCUCAUCUAUUUCAUAAAUCAUUGAUGUAUUUUCUAAGUCCGACUUUUUUUAUGCGGACUUAAUAAAAAUCUUUUUUAUUAAGUCUAGAUACAUCUUAUGUCCACCGCAUAAAAAAAAUUUUUGAUAGUAUAUCGUACAAAGUUGUUGAUUAUAUGUAAGAAUUUAGAAAAUUUCCGAAUAUUUUUUUAUACUAUUUUUUGUAUGCUGACCCUAUCCACCGCACAAAAACAGAUUUUACUGUAUGCUUAUUGUAAUCAAUCUGGCGAAAUACUCCUGGAAUAGCUGGAUAGCUCAUAGUAAAAAUGACUCGGAAUUGUUGAUAUUAAAAAUUGCUUGAAGUGCAAAGGAUUAGACGUAUCUAUUAAUGGGCGAUUAUGCGUCGAAAUAUUAAGAACACGAUUUGUUAAGUGUUCGUGCAUAAAAUCAUCACGUAAAAAAUGAUAUUGACGAGGAUCUAGAUUCAUAAUUCAGGAAUCGAAAUUCUCGUAACUAUAUAAUUAUGUUAAUUUUUUUUAUCGUAUCAAUGUAAAUGAAAAUAAUGAAUUAAUUUAUAUUUUUUUCUUAAUUUGAUAAUUUAAUAAAGUCUUAGUAUUCGAUCUCUUAUAUUUAUUUCUUCUACUGAUGAUUGACGUGAAUUUCACGAUGAUCUGUGCUAGAUCACAGUAGCAGUAUAAUUUUGUUUAAUGAUAAAUGCAUAUAAAGUAUAUAUAUAUAUAUAUUUGUCUAUUAUUUUUUCAGAAUUAAUCAGUAAUGAACAUAUAUAUUAUAUAUUAGUUUUAGUAAAGAUCAAUACACGAAUUUGUUUCCACAUUAUCUGUGAAAUUUUUUUCCCAGCCCUAUUUUGUUAUAAUUUCCUCUGUAGAAGUUAACUUCAUAUUAUUAUUAUUAUUAUUAUUACUAUUACUAUUACAAUAAUAAUAAAUAGAGACUAUGUCUUUUUAAUGUAUAAAAUCUAAAAGGAACUACAAAUUUUUCAAAAAUUUAACAAUAUUUUAGAAAUUCAGAUCCAUUGACAUAAACGAUUGGACACGUAAUUUCUUAUUUUUCCACCUGGAAGAAUCAUCUGUCCAAAGCUCAUUAAAAUAAUCAAGGAAGUUACUGUAUCUGGAAAUAUUCAGAAAAUCUUACUAUUAGCUGUUAACGCACACAAACAGGCAGCCAAUCAUUACUUUAGAUAUAUAAACACACGUCAUUUAAGCGUAUAUAUGAAAAGCAAUAAUGGAAUUAUAAAAUUUUCCUCUUUUACUGCAAAUUUCGAGAGUUGCCACAGUACAAAACUUUUUCUUGACGAAAAAUGUCGAAAAUAUUUACGCCAUCAAUGAGAACAGGAGUAAUUUACGAUCAAUUUUGAUAAAUACGAUCUUGUUUUAAAGAAAAAUAUUUAAUACAAGACACAUCUUUCUAGAUUUUUUAAAUAAGUUUUGUAUUUGUGCAUAAACUAUUUUCGAAGAAAUAUCAUUCCAUAGUACGAUUAUUUUCAAAAAAAAUAAAACUUUUUCAUAAAAUUUAAAAAAGGUGUCCUAGAUUGUAUUUUUCUCUUUAAAAUAAGAAUCUGAUUAUCAAAAUCAGUUAAAAAUUACAUCUAUUCUCAUAUGAUGGCGUAAACUAUUAUAAAAUCAAGGGUAACGGCUCCAAGCGUAACGUUUACACCAUUGCAAGAAAAAUAUUUUCAAAAUAUUUAUUAUAUCAUUUAUCAUAAUGUCUAAAAAUACAUAAAAUCAUUUUAAUUAUAAAAAAAAAAAAAUAAAAAAAAAAAAUUACUUUUUAUUAUACUUACAUUUACUUUUCUUAGAUAAAUAUGAUUGUCUACAAAAAUAAAACAAAUAAUUUCAUCAGGAAUAGUUUCGUUUCCAUGUCGUGCAUAAUUAUCAGUAAUAGUUCUGUUAUCAUGGAUAUCAGGAGUCAUUAAUAAAUUAAUAAAUUAGUUCAUAUUAUAAACAUUGUAAUGAACAUGUAUCGAUCAGUCAAACAAAACGGUGCUUUUCAAUAUAAAUAUUCACACAUACAUAUGCAACUGGAAAAUCAACUACAGCAAAAUAGUAGUAGAGCAAAGUACAGGUUCCAUAGAGAGUGAAUAAUCGAACGGGAAGAAGUGAUAAAUAGCGAGUAAGAGGGAGGAAGUAAGAGAGAGAGAAAGAGAGAGAGU